AUGAAGGCCCCCCCAUCCACCAUGUUCUACAACAUCAUGAAGGGCCCACCCUCCAUCCACCAUGAGAGAAAAAGAAGAAAAAAGAAGGAAGAAGAAAAAAGAAAAAAAGAAAAGCGUAAAAAAGGGGGGAAGAAAAAAGAGGAAAAAAAGAAAAAAAAAAAAAAGAAGAAGGGCGGGAGGGAAGGAAAGAAGAAGAAGGAGAAAAAGAAAGGACAAGAAAGGAAAAAAAAGGAGAGGAAAGAAAGAAAGAAAAAAAAAAAAAGAGAAAGAAGGAAAAGCGAGACGAGAAGAUGGAAGAAAAUCGGAAAGCGAGAAAAGGAGAAAUGA